CUGGGCCAGUUCUCCCAGAAGCCGGUUAGCCUACUUGCACGCCUUUGGACUGUUGGAGGACACCGGGGCACCUAGAGGAAACCAAUCUGAACAGGAGAGAACAUGCAAACUCCACACAGACAACACUCCCAGGAAUUGAACCCAGGGCACCAUCACUGCAAGGCAGCAGUGCUAAACAGUGUGCCAAUGUGCCAACUCACUUGUGUGCCUUGGUUUUUAUUCCAAGUCGGAUCUCCAUGAUUGAAAUGAUCUUCAGUUAAUUGGACAAAUGUAACGGUUUCUUUUUAUACGCAGGUGGUUUAAAUAGAAGUAGAAAAAAACUCUCACUAUCUUCCCAAAGCCAGGACCAGGCAUCCCGGAAUGAAGGGAGCUCUGCUCUGGGUGGGGUGCACACAGUUUCUCAGAAUUGCUUCAUUUUCACUAAAACUGUGUGUUAUUCGCGACCGGAAACAUCCCGAAAAAUAUCGCUUUACAACCACUCUGUCCUCGUACGGGGAAGUCUCAGCUGGCCUGGACAGGGGGUAAAAAUACCCGUUAUUUGUAAAAAAAAAAAAACAAACCAAACAAAAACACCUCUGUUGGAUAAAGAUAAAAGGGCCAAGGGCUGCGAGUCGAGGCCGAGGUGACAAGGCCGGGAUCCGCCGGUGAAUUUUCACAAUGGCCGCCGCCGCCGCCAUGUUUGAGUCGCGGGAGACGAAGGGCGGCCGUUGACGAACGACAAGAAAUAAAGAACCAGCCGCGGAUUUGCGUCUUCCCUGAUCGGAUGGGCUCGGUGCCAGCUUUAACCUGCGUGUGUAUGUGUGUGCGGGGGAGGGGGGGGGAUACCAGGACCGACCGCGAUUUCGCCAUGUCUGCCGCCAACAGCGAACAGCUGCACCGCUCGACGCUGCGGAUCUACGGGAACCUGAUGGAGCAGUUCAACCCCGGGCUGCAGAAGCUGGCGUCUCUGGGGCGCAGCUAUGUCGAAGCCUUUCAGGCCCUGACUGUGACCAGUGAGGCCUACUUCAGUGCCCUGGCGAAGAUGGGAGAGCAGGCCCUGCACAGUAUGUCCUCUCGCUCUCUGGGGGACGUCAUCAUUCAGAUCUCGGAGUGCCAGAGGCGCCUGACCUCCGAACUGGAAGGAGUGUUCUGCUGGUUCCAUGCGGAGGUGGUCCAGGAGAUGGGCGCCAACGUCAAGCUGGACACUGAUUAUAUAUCUGUGGGUACCUCUCCUCAGCUCCUCCUGGGAGCGCGAUAUCAGGGCUGGUUCCCGGCUGCUUAUGUGGGACCCCUGGCAGAAUCCACCGGAGAAUCGGGGUGCAGCACCACCCUCCGAAGCAGUCACAGCGUUGGCGAUCUCCUCGACCAACCAGAUGACACCCUGCGACCAGCCGGCCAACAGAACGGAGUCCCGCCUCCUGCCCCGCCUCUGCCCCGCCCCACCUCGACGGGAUUGGCGGAACAACGCCCGACCACACCCACCCCUGCCAGGAGGGUAGAGGCCGAUACUGACAAUAAGCAGGGGGCGUUUGCCACGGUGCUGUUCUCUAUGACUCCCCAGCCCUCCUUCUGGUGGCUGCAGGGCGGGAGCUCCAGCUGCUGACUCUCGGGGUCGAGGGUCGUGGUGAGCGUGGGGUGAGAGGUCAUGGGUGCCUGUGUGCUUGUCAUGAUGUGCUUUUUUGCUUUGGGAGAGCUUGCUGGGUGAUGGUUCCCAAUGAGCUCAGUUACCAGUGUAGCCAGUGGUUGUCGCCGAAAUCCUAGCUGGUGCUGCCCUACGCCCUUCACACCAAAUUCAGAGGGAGCCCCUACAGCCCGGAGAUCACAGUCCAGGGUCCCAGUCCAGGA